AGCAGGAAGGACAUGUGAGAUAGUUACAGUUGUACAGUGGUCAGGGAAAGAUCUAACCAUUUCAACUCCGCGUCUGUGUAGAAUGACUCCGCUUGAAUGGACAUCCGCAUCCAACGCGUAACCUUAUUUUUAUGAGAGCAACUGUUGGAGAGCAGGAAUCCACAGAUCUGCCUUGAGAGCGUCGUUGCGCUCACUUUGACUGAUAUUAUUACGGGGACCUGGUGGAAACUAGCAGCAACGGGAGUUAAAGUGGAAGAUCAUUCUUCGCUGCGUUUGCUCGUUUAAAACGUCAACUAUCGCCUUUUCCGAUUCACAUUUUACACGGCGUUUAAAACUGCUUCGCUGUGCUUCUCCCCUUAGUGAGAUUCUUUUGGAUAAGCGCUUCUCUUUUUUGCCAGAGAACACCACUGAGUAUAUUUUUCACUAUCAUUUUUUUGGAUGCACCGAUGAGAGAUCCAGUUUUUACAGGGACUGCCAUGGCUUACCACCCUUUCCACGCUCACCGGCCGACCGACUUUCCCAUGUCAGCAUUUCUCGCGGCCGCGCAACCCUCAUUCUUCCCGGCGCUGACCUUGCCUCCCGGGGCUCUCACAAAGCCGAUCCCGGACCAUACCCUGGCCGGAGCCGCGGAGGUUGGGCUCCAUUCGGCUCUGAGUCAUCAUCAUCAGGCGGCUCAUCUGCGCACUCUAAAGAGCUUAGAGCCAGAGGAAGAGGUGGAAGAUGAUCCAAAAGUCACACUGGAAGCGAAGGAUCUAUGGGACCAGUUCCACAAAUUUGGAACAGAAAUGGUUAUUACGAAAUCUGGCAGGAGAAUGUUUCCACCUUUUAAAGUCCGCAUUAAUGGACUCGAUAAAAAAGCCAAGUAUAUUCUGUUAAUGGAUAUUGUGGCUGCCGACGACUGCCGCUACAAGUUCCACAACUCUCGCUGGAUGGUAGCGGGGAAGGCCGACCCGGAGAUGCCAAAGCGAAUGUAUAUACAUCCGGAUAGCCCAGCUACUGGGGAACAAUGGAUGGCUAAGCCUGUUGCUUUUCAUAAACUCAAGUUAACCAACAACAUUUCGGACAAACAUGGAUUUACAAUCCUGAAUUCAAUGCAUAAAUACCAGCCCAGAUUCCACAUUGUGAGAGCCAACGACAUUUUAAAGCUUCCGUACAGUACUUUCAGAACAUAUGUUUUUCCUGAGACCGAUUUUAUCGCUGUCACAGCUUAUCAAAACGACAAGAUAACACAACUGAAGAUUGAUAAUAACCCGUUUGCCAAGGGCUUCAGAGACACAGGGAAUGGAAGGAGAGAAAAAAGGAAACAGUUGACCCUUCCAUCAUUACGCAUGUAUGAGGAUCAAUGCAAAGUGGACCGCGAUGGCGGAGAGUCUGAUGCUUCCUCAAGCGAACCUGCAGCCGGCAGAGAUGCUGGUCAUUCACCAGGACCCGUUUCAAGCCCACUCACAUUUAACCGGAGCAGCAGAGAGGACAAAACAUGCACUGACAGUGAACACGAACUGGACAACCAAGAUGAGCGAUGUGGAGGCUCAAGCAGUCCUGGGCCCGAACCGCCAUCUCCAUUCAGGUCGAGAUGUGAGGAGCGUGGACGCGAGAAACCUGUUUUAGAGAAGAAAGACGAUUACAUCGACUCCAGAAAAUCAAGCGAUUCAAUAUUUAGCAUCAGAAAUCUGUCAAAAGACAAAAUAGAGAGCAGGCCCAGGAAGGACACAGACUUGUCAAAGAAGGACGUGGAAAACAGGGGUCUCAGCAGCAGUAAAGACAGCUUCUCCCCUCUAAUGGUACAGACAGAGAGCCCUUCACAUUUUGGGGCAGGGCACCUUCAGAGUUUGGCGCUCUCCGGCCUACACAGUCAACAGUUCUUUAACCCACUAAACUCCGGACAACCUCUAUUAUUUCACCCUGGACAGUUUGCCAUGGCACCUGGAGCGUUUACAGCCAUGGGUAUGGGACAUCUAUUAGCUUCCGUUUCAGGAGCUGGUGGUCUUGAAAAUGGAAGCCUGUCGGUCCAGGGCACCGGGAGCAGCCCGAGUUCUUUUCCAUUUCAUCUGUCUCAACACAUGCUUGCCUCUCAGGGCAUUCCGAUGCCAACCUUCGGUGGACUUUUCCCGUACCCGUACACCUACAUGGCCGCGGCAGCUGCGGCGGCCUCCGCCCUUCCAGCGAGCAGCACGGCCUCCUCGCUCUCCAGGAACCCGUUUCUGAGCGGCUCCGCUCACCCGCGAUUGCGAUUCAACCCUUACCAGCUCCCCGUGUCUAUCCCGAAAAGCACAAACCUGCUUACCACCGGAUUGCCAAGCGGCCUAAACCCCUCAUCCGAAUCCUCAAAGUGCGGUAGCAGGGAGACGAGUCCUGUGCCCGACCAGCAUAACCAUAAACCAGGUGUCAGUCAGAGAAACGGUUCAACUAAAACAACGAUGAAGGAAUCCAUCAAUGAACUCCAGAACAUACAGAGACUAGUAAGCGGCAUAGAGAGUCAGCGGGACACUUCCUCGCCUAGGGAUUCUCCCAAGUGAUCAAGCUACCCUAAACCUAUCCAGGGCAUGACUUGAAUUGCCAGAGGAUUUUAUUAAGCGGUUCUCUGCGACGCAUUUCAUUACGUACUGUUUUACGCAUGGGUGACUGAGCGGAAAAAAGCAAAGAAGUCAAGAAGUAAAAUAUUUUUUUUAAAGUACCAUAUAUUGGACUUGGUGCUCUUGCGGUGGAUAUUUACGUAGAAAGUGCUGCGAAGACAAUCUACAGUGUAGCCUCAUCGACUCUGUGUAGAACCUGUUGACAAGACCACACCAAUCUUUUGAGAGGACGAGGGGAAUUGAGAAAUCAAAUUAAGUUUUACGUGUUGUCAAUAGGAUCACUUCUAGUCGCAAUAUCUGAAGGGUGAUUCAAACAAGAUCUGUAGACUUGAAAACAAAGCUUCAACCCAAAAAGUUAAACAAAACACACAAAACAAGGAAAAAAUUAAAAGGAUAUUUCAAAAGGGAUGAUAAGUGGACCGUUAGAUCCGACAGACAGUUAUACCUGAACUAUUUAAUGUAAUUAUUAAUAAAAGAAAACCUAAUUCUGUAAAUAAGCUACAAGGACCUAAGAAUAUGCAAAUUGGUAUUAAUUUAUUCAAAGCUGUACAUUUGCGUGUACAUAAUAUUUAGAGUUUAACUCAUUGCAUUUUUUUUUCUCACAAUGGUUAUUGUAAAUGAAAGUUAUAGCGUUUGUUGUUUGGAGACAGAAGGUGUUCUCUGUGAUGCGUUGCUGUUUAAUCUGCCUGUGACACGUAUUGAAAGCGUGCGCCAUCAUUGCAUUGUAGCAGUCGCUGUAAAGACACUUAUUACAUCGGAGAAACUUAUCAGCGGGACUCACAAGGUUUGGAAAGCCUCAGGUUAAUGUACUCCAACACAGAAGAGACCGACAUUCCUCUUCUUGAGCUGUUUAUAUAAAGAAAUAUAUGAACGUGUCCCGUCUUGCUGGCUGUCCGGAUUUUUGUUGUUGUUGUUGUAGGAUUCUUUCACAAUUUCAAUAAAAAAA